UUUUACUUAUCUAUUUCUAUUUUUCUACCAAACCAAUUCGAGUUUUGUUAACGUGACGAAUAAAACCCAAACCUCGUAAACGUCAAGCUUAAGUACUCUAACCAACAGAUCUCUCGAAUUACAGCCAAAAGCUCGACGAGACUCAAAAUGUUGCAUCACCAGCAGCAGCAAUCCGAACAACAGCCCCAACAACUUCCAUCAAUGGCGGAAACAACGGGGGAUGCACCUCCCAAGCAAGUAGCUAUGGCGAUGGGCAGAUUAAGCCAUGCUGCUCGCCUUAUCGCCGACAUCAGAAUUGGUGUCGAUCGUGUAUUGGAAGCUUUGCUUUUGCCUGCUGAAUCUGAUCAGCGUUCUAAAAACGCAAAUUUAAUCCAUAAAGAAGAUUCUUCUAUGCGUCAACAUCUCCAAGACCUUCGCAACAUUGGAAGGCAGCUUGAAUCUUCUGGGGUUCUUAAUGAGGCUCUGAGAUCACGAAGCAACUCUUGGGGAUUGCACAUGCCCUUAGUUUGUCCAGAUGGUGCUGUAGUUGCAUAUGCUUGGAAGCGACAACUUGCUGGCCAGGCUGGUGCAUCUGCAGUUGACAGGACUAGGCUAGCUCUAAAGUCCUUCACGGAUCAAAAGCAAAGAUUUUUUCCGCAUCUUGACCGUGAAUCAUCUUCAAAGAAACAAUGUGUUUCACAUGAAUCUUUGGUAGAGAACCCAGAAGAAGCAAAAAAUUACAAAACACUAAUUGAUACCUUGGAAUCAAUUAAGAAAGAAGUGCCGAACAUUAAGAUUUCAACAUAUGAAAGAUUGGAGUGGUUGAAGAGAGCUUCUUCACUUCCUUCCCCUGCAAAUGAGGAUUCCUUUGAUACGUCAAUGGUUGCACAAAGUUACCAUCCUUCAAGUAGUUUAAGACCUGGAUCUUCUAGAGUCUCCCCUGAUAAAGUUGCUGUGAUUGAAUUAUUUAUUCCUUCUGUCUUAAGAGCUGUCGUGUCCCUUCACCCUGCUGGUUCUAAAGAUCCCGAUGCAGUGGCCUUCUUUUCGCCAGAUGAGGUAGGGAGCUAUGUGCAUGCAAGAGGUUCAUCAGUUUAUAAUGUAUAUAGGCAUUUAACGGAAUUUUCUAAUAUAGCUCUGCAGUAUUUCCUCGGGAAUAAGUCAGAGAUGGCUCUGAACCUUCUUUUGCAUUGGAUCAGCAGCUAUCAGAGCCUAUUUACGCUAGCAUGCAGCAAAUGCGGACGCCUCCUGUCCAUGGAUAGACAAUCAGGAUUAUUCUUACCUCCUGUUCAUCGACCCUAUCAAAGUUUGCUUGCUGCUAAGUAUGCAACAGAUGCGUCUAAGAAUCCGAGCUUUAACACUGACCUAGCUUAUCAUGUCAGCUGCUAUCGACCGGAUGUGUAGGCUUUUUGUUUUUCACAAAUGUGCUCUGGCCAGGUCGGUUUGCAAGUCCUUGUGAAGUAAUACUCUUUCGGAGAGUGUUAAAUGUAUAAAGUGUGAGCUUUUAGGAAGAGUGGGCCAAUGCUAUGUACUUGAGAAUGUGUAAACAUUAACAUAAUGGAUGUUGUUUACUUGAAAAAGUACAAGUGCAUAGCUUUUAGGGACUUGCAGUGAUUUUGCUAGCCAUAUACAUGAAAUUUGGGCUUAAUUUAUGAUGUGGUGAUGAAUGACCAAAAGCAUGGGCUACCAGAUGCAAGAACGCUUCGUCAUUUACAUAAUUGCCUCCCGAGAGGAUAGACUAUCAAACUUUUCCAAGUGCUGCGUUUUUAUAGUACGCCACAUAACCAAGAGACUAAUAGGACAUAAAUUUUGUUAUUCGUGAAAUGGUACUGUUCAUUUUUUAUGUAGCCUAAGAUUUAGUUGUUUUGCUUUAAAUUAUAUUGGUUUAUGGUUUAUAGUAAAAUAACUUGAUAAUAUAUGCACCUUUUACCUGUUGUUUGACGUUGGUUAGGUUAGAGUUAGGCUUAUGCAUAGUUGACUUGUCACUCUUUUUCCCCUUGGCUUUGUUAAUGACUAUUUGACGACUUAUCACCCUC